CCCCCGCCGAAAAAUCAUCGUCGUGUUGUGUGCCUCUGUCUCGAUGUGUAUUCUACCGACGGACGAACCUACGAUGCCUUUCAUGUACCGGUCGCAGCAACGAUCGAUGCUCAGAAGACGAGAGGGAAGGAGGCAUGAAAGCAACAGCAGCAAUGCGAGUUGUCGAUGCGUUUUUUUUGUAGCGGUCGUGUUGUUGUUGCAGCUGGUUGGCAAAGGAUCGGCGAAGUCAGCAGGAGAAGCAGGAGGAGCACACCGACAUCCGACCAACCCGCAGAGACCGCCACUGCCAGAGGCAGAAGCCUAUGGAUCCCUUGAAGCGACGAAAGAGGAGAGGAAGAGGAAGGAGUGUCACAGCACGCUCGGUCGACUUUCGCAAACUGCGUCGUUUGCUGUACCGGAUGACGCCACCACGCAGCAUCGGUUGCACAUGCCACGCAUCACAGGCCUUCGACGACCGGACUGCUUGAGCGGCGGGUUGGAUUGCCACCUGGUGAGGGAUGUCAAGAUGGCAGUGGCUGGGGCGAUGGCCGGCGCUAUUGCGACAGCCGCUUUGUUCCCGAUCGACACGGCCAAGACGUUGCGGCAGGCCAACCCUAAGGCGUUCAAAGGCUCCCGCGAUGCGUUGGCGCACAUCUGUCGAACUCGAGGCCCGUGGGCCAUUUACACGGGCAUCCCGACCGCGGUUGUCGGAGCCAUGCCGUCCUCCGCCCUGUACUUCGGGACCUACGAAGCGGUAAAGACCCGCCUGAUGCGUGUGGCUGCCAACAACUUUCCCGCUGGUCCUGGGGGGCCACGCGAGGGGGAAGGCGGCGGGGGCGGGGGGGUACACCCGGCGGCGCGGGCGGCGGCGCAUGCGGUGGCCGCGGCGUGCGGGAACGCUGCGAGCAGCCUGAUCUUCGUCCCUAAGGAGUACGUCAAGCAGACGCUGCAGGCUUCGGGGAUGGGGGCCGUGGGUGGUGCUCGAGAAACCGCGAAGGAGAUAAUCAGGCGAACCGUGCGGGAGAAGGGGGUUAGGGGGCUCUACCGCGGCUACUGGGCCACGCUCUCCCGGAACGUUCCCAGCGCCAUUAUCCGAUUCUCGCUGUACGAAGAGAUCAAGCUUUUCAUUGGACCCGCGCGCCUAAUGUCCGCGCCCCCGGCGUAUCUGUUGGCGGGAGCCCUGGCGGGCGCCUGCGCUAGCGGGAUGACGACGCCUUUCGACGUCCUCAAGACGAGGGUGGCCACCGGCUCCCUGGAAGGCGGGAGGGGUUUCGUGAAGAACAUGGCAACUAUCGUUGCGGACGACGGGUGGAAGGGCCUCUACGCGGGUUUCCAACCUCGAGUUGUGAUGUCGGGGCUAUUCACGGCGGUCGGUUUCGGAUCAUUCGAGGCCAUCAAGGCGGUGCUGGGGGUGUCGCCUUUACCGCCAGACAAGGCUACGGUCGCUUCAUCCUCCUCUCCUUCGUCUUCUUCUGCUGCUGCUGCUGCGACAGCACGGCGGCGUUGAGACAAUCGAUGGCAAGCCACGCGGAGGGAGGGGUGUUUUCCCGUCAAGGGCGUGCUUUUGCGUUACCGUCGUCGAGAAGAGCUUCUCCUUGAUGACAACCAGGAUGACCGGAGUUUUGUGGAUCAUCGUGGUGGGGGUGCUGGCGCUAAGUUGGUCGUCUGGGGCUGGAUGCUUGUUCUCCUGGCAAUGCAAAAGCGUAACGAUGACAUCGCUGUGUGGCUGGAGGCGUACCCGUCACCCGAGAGCUCCUUGCAUAGACCUGUUAUUGCUGUUGAUGGAGGAGAUCGGGAUGCCUGGGGGGGGUCCUCAUAGACGUGCGGGCCGAUAUCUUUAGACCGCGAUCUCGCAUCGGCUGGAUUUGUGUAGACCGAGAACGGUUGAGAUUGCACGCGAGUUGUGGAGGUGCAAAGGUACGGGGGCGUGAUUGAGUCAAGCGAAAUUCGCCGGGGUAGUUGAUUGCACCAUUCUGGCGAGUAGCAAAUGAAGACGCCUUGUUCUAGCCCGCAAGGAGAGAGGGAGCUCGCGAUGCAUUCGGGAGACCGUGUUUAGGAAAUGCCAAAAUGCCAAAUUUUGCCAGCAGGUAGUGGAGCACGCGGCUGUUGGGGUGCACUUGGUAUAGUAGUGCCGGGAACUAUGAAAGGGCUUGCAUCUUGGUAUAGUAGUGCGUUCAAGGAAGCAAGUACCAUAUGACUAGACCAAAUGUGUACUGUUGUUCGACGUUUUUUGUCACCACUACUUUUUGAGGAUGCAGGGUUUGGUUGGUGGAAGGGUUCGCGGAUUUUCUAGUUAGGGUACGCAAUUCUUGCUGCAGAGGGGCACCUGAUAGCGAUCACCGAGCAGCAGUCGUUCAUUAUGCAUGGAACCCGUCGGCUCUCCUGGUACGUGUGCCACCGCUGGCAUGGCUUGCCUUGAGAGUUUUUUUUUUAAAGGGGGUAUGGUUUCGCCCGCACCCGCAUAUGGGACACCAUAAAAACUGUUGGGUUUGGGGGUGUUGCUUGUGUUUGUGUUUUUUUUUUCAGGUUUGGGGACGCAAUAUAUCGAGUAGUUCUUUCUAGUUUUUUUUUUCGGUAUUCAGAAGUGAAAGUCGGAUUUGUCCGUCUCGCACUUAGAGUGAGGUGCUAGACACGUUAGUAUACUUUUGAACGAUCUCGCUAUAGUACGGUAGAUCGUCGUGGUACAGUAGUAUUCGACAAGCAUAGAUUAGAUAGCUCGCAUCAGUUGAUGUAAGGUGUUGGAAUUCACUGUCGGAUCAAGUCGGUCGUGUGCUCGGAAGUGUUUUUCUGGCGUAAAUCUGGACGGCUGUCAAAUACGCGUUGUUUCAUUCAAAAAAGAAAAGAAAA